AUGGCAUACACUUUAACUAUUGCUGCUAAGGCACCAUUGGUUGCUUACGCAGCUUUGAUUGCCGUCGGAUUUGUUAAUAAGUCCGAAGAUAUCACUGAAUCGAUUUUUGUCGAAGUCGUUGAUGAUAAGACUGCUGUUAAGUCUAACCCAGCAGCUUCAGUGCACCUCACCACUCCAGAGGGUAAAGAAUUUUCCACCCAACUUGAAAUUUUGGACUAUUUAACUGAAAAGUACCCUCAACUCUUCAGUACUUCCAUCUCCUCAUCUCAGUGGGUUAAAUUUGCAUUGGAUAAGUUGUCUAUUAAGAACUUCAAGGAAUUAGCUACUGAUUUGGAAACUUUAGAUGCUCACUUAAACUUCAGAUCUUUCGUUAUUGGCCACAAAAUCUCAAUCACUGAUAUCACUGUUUGGGGUGUUUUGAGAGCCAAUGCAUUGAUGGGUUCAGUCAUCAAGAAUAGCGUUUAUAUUAACGUUUCCAGGUGGUAUAACUUCAUUGGUCAAGACUCUAGAUUCGAACGUGAGAUUGAACAAUACACUUCUAACUUGAAUGAUUUGAGGAAAUCUGCCAAGACUGCUGCCAAUGGUGGUAAGAAAGAAGCUCACAAGGCUUCUUUUGAAAUUGACUUACCAGGUGCAGAAAUCGGUAAAGUUGUUACUAGAUUCCCACCUGAACCAUCUGGAUACUUGCAUAUUGGACAUGCUAAAGCUGCUGUUUUGAAUGAGUAUUUUGCUCACCAAUACAAGGGUAAGUUGAUCAUCAGAUUCGAUGAUACCAACCCAAGUAAGGAAAAGGAAGAAUUCCAAGAUGCAAUUAUUGAAGAUUUGGCCUUAUUGGGAAUUAAGGGUGACAAGAUUACUUACUCAUCUGACUAUUUCCAAACAAUGUACGACUUGGCCAUUCAAAUGAUUAAGGACGGGUUAGCCUACUGUGACGAUACUGUCCAAGAAAAGAUGAGAGAAGAAAGAAUGGUUGGUGACAAAUCUGCUAGAAGAGACAGAACCGUUGAAGAAAACUUGCAAAUUUUCACUGAAGAAAUGAAACAAGGUACCGAAGUCGGUUUAAAGAACUGUCUUAGAGCUAAAAUCGACUACACUGCUCCAAACAAGACCUUGAGAGAUCCAGUUAUCUACAGAUGUAACUUAACUCCACAUCACAGAACUGGUUCCACUUGGAAAAUCUACCCAACUUAUGAUUUCUGUGUUCCAAUUGUCGAUUCCAUUGAAGGUGUUACACAUGCUUUGAGAACGAUUGAGUACAGAGAUCGUAACGCUCAAUAUGAAUGGAUGUUAAAGGCUUUGAAAUUAAGACAUGUCCACAUCUGGGAUUUUGCUAGAGUGAACUUUGUUAGAACCUUAUUAUCUAAGAGAAAGUUGCAAUGGUUUGUUGACAAGAACUACGUUUCGAACUGGGACGAUCCAAGAUUCCCCACUGUUAGAGGUGUUAGAAGAAGAGGUAUGACCGUUGAAGGUUUGAGAAACUUUAUUAUAUCUCAAGGUCCAUCUAAGAACAUUAUUAACUUAGAUUGGUCUGUUAUCUGGGCUAUGAACAAGAAGAUCAUUGAUCCUGUUGCGCCAAGACACACUGCAGUUGAAAUUGAGAAUGUUGUUCCUGUUCACAUUACUGAUGGACCAGAAGAGCCUAAGGUCGAAGAUAAACCAAAGCAUAAGAAAAACUUAGAAGUAGGACUUAAGAAGGUUGUUUUCGCCAAGACUCUAUUGAUUGAUCAAAAUGAUGCUGAAGGUAUUGAAGAUGGCGAAGAAGUAACUUUCAUGGACUGGGGUAACAUUAUUGUUACCAAAGUGCACAAGGAAGGUGAUGUGGUUAAAUCUAUUGACGCUAAGUUACACUUAGAAGGUGAUUUCCGUAAGACUUCCAAAAAACUUACUUGGUUAGCAGACACUCCUGAUAAGGUCCCAGUUGAAUUAAUUGACUUUGAUCAUUUAAUUACUAAAGAUAAAUUAGAAGAAGGUGACAACUUUGAAGAUUUCCUUACUAAGCAAACUGAGUUCCACACUAAGGCUUAUGCCGACGUAAACGUUAGAAACAUGAAGGCAGGAGAUAUAAUCCAAUUUGAAAGAAAAGGUUACUACCGUCUUGACAAGCCUUAUGAAGAAGGGAAGGAAGCAGUUUUCUUCACUAUCCCAGAUGGUAAGACUGUUACCAAGUACGGAUCUAAGAAGUAG